AUAAGAUUAGAUAAGGAUUAUCUAUAUUAUCCACGAAUUUUUAAAUUGGGGUACUCGCAGUCACUUUUUCGCUAGUAUUCAAUUUGAACUGGUAUUGUUUCGGCUAUAUUAUAAUAAAAAUGAAUAGAUUAUAUCUAUUUGCAGUUUUAAUACAUUGUGCUUAUUCACAGGUGACUAAUCCAAAUAAACUAUGUACAGACGUUGUCAGUAAAGAUGCUUGUAAUAACAUAGAACGGAACGAGACUUAUGAAUGUGCUGUGAACAUUGUGUCUAUGACUGAUUGUUUUUUAAACAUUCACCAAGGACUUCACCAAUUUGCUGUAGUUCAACCUGAACAGGCGCUGUUAGCAGCAAAUUUAGUUUCAGACAACGUUGUAGUUAUUGGUGAAAUAGCAGAUCAUCCACCAAUUCAAACGGUUGUUAUAGUUCGUAAAUUUUAUAACAAUACUUUUGAAAAUUUAAGAGGUAAACGUCUUUGUCAUCCUGGUUUCAAGCACGACGAACUAAUUACUAGAUAUGUCUUACAAGAAUUCGAAUCGAGAAUAAUCAAACUUAAUAACACCUAUUGUCAAAUCAAUGAUAAUGCGACGAUUUUGGAAAAGCAAAUCAGCGUUUUGUCUAGUUUCUUUGGCAAUAGUUGUCGUCCAGGCGUAUGGACAGAUGAUGAUGAUGUUCUGGACAAAUCUUUGAAGACAAAAUAUUCUAACCUCUGCGAGCUGUGUGGCCAAGAGAAAUGUGAUGUGACUUACCAAACACCUUUAAAGGAUGCACUUACCUGCCUUACCCAAAAUGGCGGUGAUGUAGCUGUCAGUAGCCUUGCUGAUGCCUUAGUGUUCUUUAAUGACACAAAUAACAAUGAAAACUUCCUAUACCUCUGCCCUGAUGGAUCAACAAGAAAUUCUUCAUUGAACUCGUGUACAUGGACCAACCAAUUGAAAAGACUUAUUAUUACAGAAAAAACUGUUGCAAAUGAUCCAAAGGCUUACUUGGAAUAUCAUUUACUUGGUCAUUUUAGUGCUUUUGCAAUUCAAAAUUUGGGAUCAAACCUAGCUUUAACUGAGUCGCUGGAAAUACUGCUUGGACUUAGUAAAUCUGAUGUGAUCACUUUUAUAGACCCAGUUCCUCUGAAAACUUACGUUUCAGCUCGUCGAGAAGUUCCCACUCUUGCAAACAACACUUACUGCCAACGCACUGUUAGUUGGUGUACCGAAAAUGACAACGAACAAAACAAAUGUCUGUGGUUGCAACAAGCAGCAUUAAAUACGGGUCUGCAACCUGUUAUACAAUGUGUACAAAGCAAGGAUACUGACCCAGUGUCUUGUUUAAUUGAUAUACAAAAUGGAAAGGCUGAUCUAACUUUUGCUGAUGUGACUUACGGGUAUAUAGCUCUAAAGAAAGGUUUGACCUCUGUUGCAUAUCCUGAAACCUACAACAUGCAUCUUGCUUCUGUAGUGGUAGUUGUAAGAAAUGAUAGUACUGAAAUUAACAGUUUGAAAGAUUUGAAAGAUAAAAAGGCCUGUUUCCCUCAAUAUGGAGGACGAGAAUGGUUGGCUUUUAUCGAUACUUUAAAGUCGAAAAACGUAAUGGAAAAAUCUUGCGACUACGGCAAACUGUUCGGCGAUUUUGUGAGUGACAGUUGUGUUCCUGGAGCUCACGAUAAUGACUUCAAUGCCGGUUUAAUACAAAAAGAUAAACUUUGCAAGCAGUGCAUAACAACCUCUUCCAUCGGAACUGCUCAAACUUGCAAUACCGACCAAUUCAAUAAAUAUUAUGGUACAGAUGGUGCUUUGAAAUGUCUGGAAAAUAGAGCUGGAGAUUUCGCUGUUAUCACUUUAAAAGAUAUAAAAGAAUACAAAGACAAAUCCAGUUCCUUUAAAGUUUUAUGUCAAAAUGGCUCGUUGGCACAAUAUAACGGCUUUGCAGUAGACUCCGAUGCUGCCCUUACAAUCAUCACUUCCGGAGAAGUGGUAGCAAAAAAUAAUACCAAUUUACGUGAGGACAUUAUUCAACUAUUGAAGGGCAUUGAAAUCGAAUUCGCACAAAAUCUGAAAAAAACCUUUAAAGUUUUUGAGAAAUUCAAUGAUAUUCCAGAUUUGCUGUUUCCUGACUCAACUCCAGGUUUGACAUUUGAUGGACUCGAAUUAGGAAAACACGUAGAAAACUUCAAGACCCUUCUUAGAAAUUCGGAAAACUGUCUCGUUAAUCCUAGCAGCGGUAUUAAUUUAGUACCUUCCACGCUAUUAAUGAUAAUUGUUAUGUUUUUGGUUAGAUUCUAGUUUAAUAGUUGCUUACUUGUGCCUGUAAUAAGACUGGUCUGUUUAUAAAGUAAUUUUUGUCAGAAAGUCCGACGAGAGGGGUUAUAGGUUAUAAUUAGGAUUGGCAGAUGUUCGGAUUUAGGCGUUAAUACCACGGUUUUUAACUAUGCGUCACGCCAAAGUACGAAAAUGGUCCGCUUUUGACCUAAAUGCCACAGUUUUUAAUAUUCAAAAAGGACCACAAGCUGAGGACGUUUUUUUUUUGAAGCUCGUCACAAGAAGGAGGGCCUGUUUUACAAAAAAUACAAGCUGAGGACCUUUCUUUUUUUUAGGAAAGGACCUUUUUUUUAUAAAAAUGCUUGGCUUUUCAACCUGAUCCCUGUCGUAAAUCUGCCAACCCUAGUUAUAAUGUAUAAGGGGCCCUUGCCAGGGUUUUGUCCCAGGGCCCCACCAUGGCUCUCGGCGGCCCUUUUUGUCAGUAUUAUGAACACGGACAAGUGAUUCUUUAUUCUUUGAGUUUGCUUUGGGUAAAUUAAUGUCCUCUAGAGCACCGAAGACAUAAGUGCUGUGACAUUCAUCUCAAGAUUUAUUUUCCAAUUUUUAUUUUAGUGUUCCUUUUUCGUUUUUCUACAUUUUCAAUUGUUAUUUCCAUGUUUUCUCUUUAUUGCACUCUGUUCCAGCAUAAUAUUUCGAUAUAUUUUUUUUUGUUAUCACUAA